GGUAAACAGAAACAGUGAAGUUGGGGUCUUUAUUAUCAGCCAAACCGACCACUACAGAACAUUUUAACAGUGUUUGAACAGCUCCUGUAAAACCAACUCACACUUUAACAUGACAGGACUCAAACUGCUGUCAACUUUCACAACUGUUCUCUCUCUCUCACCAUUCACAGAGAGACAUACGCUACUAUUAUAACAUAGCCUACUAAGCCGCAGGGUUCAAAGAGGGUGAAAAAAGUAAUGGCUUACAGUCCGGAAAUUACAGUAUAUAUAUUUGUCCACACCCUCUUUUGUUUCUAGGUUUUUUUUGGAGAGACAGAUUAUAUAGAUCUUUUCAACAAGGCUAUUGUUUGUCAGAUUUGACUUCUUAUAUAUAUAUAUAUUGUCACGUCACACUUAUCAAAACUUUUAAAUUGGGUUCCUCUCUAUCAUUAACCUGCAGCAUCGUAUUAUACAUAUUAUUAUAUUUGGUGACCACAGACCAGUUUGCUGCAGGAGAGGAGGAAGAUGAAGAGUUAUUAAUUCUAAGUAGCUCUCUGCCCCUCCCCAUGUGUUCUUACUGUGGUCACCGACGUUCAAUCUGAGCUUCUGAGUCAAUUUCAGGUGCAGGACACCAUCAAGAUCAGUGACAAAAACGUAACAUGGUUUCAGUGCUGUUGAGAUUCCACGUGAUUGUUGUUUGAUCUUUUUUUUUCUCUCUUGUCUAUGAAGAAGGGGAAGCAACAAUGUACAUCAGACAGACACCAUCCUCAGUGGCUUCACCUGCACUGACUACUGCUCUCAGUCAACAUGACUUCAGUCAGCGGUCUCCAAAGACCUGAUCUCGUGCCGGCCAUGCUGAUCUGGCUCCUGACUUUUAAGGUGGGCUUGUCUCAGCAUGAGGAAAACUCAACCAUGAACUACCCAGAGUACAACUACUCCAGUGUGGAUUAUGAAGAUUUUCCAUCUGUCUGUGUGAAAGAGUCCAACCGAUAUUUCCGCCUCUGGUUCAUGCCCACCUUCUACUCCAUCAUCUUUGUCCUGGGCCUGGCGGGGAACAUGCUGGUCAUACUGACCUUCUUCUACUUCAAGCGUCUGAAGACCAUGACGGACGUGUACCUGCUCAACCUGUCCUUUGCCGAUCUUCUGUUCUCUCUCUCUCUCCCUUUCUGGAUGCUCAAUUCAAUAUCAGGGUGGAUGCUGGGCCUGGCCAUGUGCAAAUCCAUGCACGCCAUUUACAAAGUCAGCUUCUACAGCAGCAUGCUCCUGCUCUGCUUCAUCAGCGUGGAUCGCUACUUUGCCAUCUCCAAAGCGGUCUGUGCUCACCGCCAUCGAUCCCGGGCCGUGUUUGUCAGCAAGGUUUCGUCGGUGGCCAUCUGGGUCACGUCUCUCAUCUUCUCCAUACCGGAUUUGAUGUACACCACCAUCACCAACGAAACCUGCACACCGUUCUCCAGAAGCUCUGACCAGCUGCGCAUCCAGUCCAGCCAGAUUGUUCUGGCUUUCGUUCUUCCUCUCCUCGUUAUGAGCUUCUGCUACAGCAGCAUCGUGAAGACCCUCUGCCAGGCUCGUAACUUUGAGCGGAACAAGGCCAUUAAGGUGAUUCUGGCAGUGGUGGCCGUCUUCCUGCUGUGUCAGGUGCCCUACAACCUGGUCCUGUUUUGGACCACAAUCGUCACGGCGCAGGGGGGUACUGAGGACUGUAACUACGACAUCCGUCUGCUCUACGCCACCGAUGUCACCCAGUGCGUGGCCUUUCUCAGGUGUUGCCUGAACCCCUUCGUCUAUGCUUUUAUAGGAGUGAAGUUCCGCCACGACCUCAUGAAGCUGUUCAAGGAAUUGGGCUGCAUGAGUCAAGAGAAGUUCUUCAAGUACAGCGGCAAGAGGAGGAGCUCAGCGCCAACAGAUACUGAGACCACCACCACGUUCUCUCCCUAACGCUGCUUGUCUACCAGUAAAUUAGAUCCAGGCCACACAUGGACUACAUGGACAAUAGUCUCAGACAGACAACGUGCCAUACGAGCGACAGAAUGUAUUCCUAAGUCGGGCCCUUUGCCCAUUUCUUUUUUGUGUGUACUUUUAGCUGAAUGUCUCUGAGCUCAAAUUUAUAAUCUCAUAUUAAUGUUGACCUAAUGUUUUUAUUGGGUUUGAACUAUCAGGUGUCAGGCAUUUUCGUUAAUGUUUUUAAAGGUGCUUUUGACCAACUAUAAACUUAUGGCUCAAAGGUUUUUAAAAAAUGCACAUUUACAUUUAUCUGUAUUUUGGCAAACCUUUUAUGUUUUGAAACCUACAUGUAAUCUGACAUUGUAAAUGUUAGAUUUUGUUGUGUGUUUAUUUUUCUCACUGAAAAAAAAUGUUAUAUUUAAUAUCUGUACAGAUGAAGACAUUUUUUCACAUGACGUUUCAGUUCACUACGUUCUACAAAUCUCUAGAGAAUAAUAAAUCUACACAGGCAUGUUAACAACUUCCAC